UCAGAUGGUGGCGCUCAAUCGUCAUCCACAUGCGCCACCUCUCCGAAGGAAGUCGAAGUCGCUUUUCCUGCUAGGCCGUGGCUGUUGGACAGGAUCGGUUCCCGUGUUUUAGUUGUCUUGUGUCAGGCUGUAAGAUGAUGGGCUCGGCCCGGGGAGGGGUACGCGGCGGACAGGAUCAGUUCACCUGGGAGGAGGUGAAAGCGGAUAAACAUCGGGAGAAUUACCUGGGAAAUUCACUGAUGGCACCAGUUGGACGAUGGCAGAAAGGAAAGGACCUUACCUGGUACACAAAGGAGAAGAAAACAGAGGAGGCACAGUCUCGCAGCGAGGAAUUGAUGGCUGUUCGAAGAGCUGAGCAAGAGGCCCUCAUGGCAGCACUAGGGUACAAGAAUCCCAAAAGAAGACCCACUGGAGUAACUAAAGAGGAACUGGCAGAGGUCUGUAAGCGUGAGGUCGUAGAACCAGACAGUAAAGAUGUUGACCGAGUCCUUGGGCUUGGCAGUUCCAGUGGGACCGCUCCCAGAAUGAUGCUGACUAGAGAGGACCGUGAGGCGGCUAAGCUCGGACUGGCUAUUUUUACGCACCAGAAAUCUGACUAUAUUGGGGAGUCAUCGAGCCAGAAGCGGAAAUCAGAGCAGCAGAGCGGAGAGCCUGAGACCCUGAGGUUUGAAGGCCGGAAGCGACACAAGAAAGAGAAAAAGAGCAAAAAGGAAAAAAAGAAAAAGAAGGAAAAAAAGAACAAGAAGCACAAGAACAGGGAAAAAUUAUCACCAUGUGUAUCAAAUCAUCGAGACAGAAAGCACCAUUCAUCAGCUGAACAGAGGACACACAGUAGACAACGGCACGAUACGGAUUCUAGCGUGGGUAGUGGAACCUCCCUUCAUCAUGGCCAGUAAUACAGGGCAACAUUCAGCAUGCAGAGAACUAAGCUCAACAGCAUGGGACAACUAGAUUAAACUCAUUGUUACCUGAUAUAUUAACCAUUGAGUAUCGAAAUGUUAGGAUCUGCUUUUUGAACUUGUAAAAGAAAAAUUAGCAUACCAGGUAUGAAAUUUUUAUACUGUAUUCACAAGCUGUCUUAAUUCUCAGCAGUACAAAUCUAGACUAGUCAGUACUGCUGUGUUCAAGGUGUCCACCUCUUGAUGUGUACAGGUGCAGUAUCUAUAAUUAAAAAGGUGUAAAUAUUUUUACGUUUUACUGAAUGUUUACAUUAAACAAAAAUGCUGUUCACCAUUUA